AUGGUCCGCCAUAAAAAAGACAACUUCUCCCGAGGAGGAAAGAAAUCCAACAACCCCCGCCCUCGACCAGGACCCCGCCAUGAAGAUGAGAGCGCGGGCGUCUCACGACCCGCUUAUAAAGCCGCAUGUUGGGACAUGGGACACUGCGAUCCUAAGCGAUGCUCAGGAAAGCGAUUGAUGAAAUUGGGCUUAAUGCGGGAUCUGCAUGUUGGCCAGCGCCACGCCGGCGUGAUCAUUUCACCAAACGCCAAGAAGAUUGUCUCUCCUGCAGACAAGGAUCUUAUGGAACAAUACGGUGCUGCGGUAGUUGAAUGCUCCUGGGUCCGAGUCAGUGAAGUGCCUUGGUCGCGGAUCGGCGGAAAGUGCGAACGACUUCUCCCCUACCUGAUCGCUGCCAACUCAGUCAACUACGGAAAACCAUGGCGUCUGAACUGUGUCGAAGCGCUCGCUGCCUGUUUCGCCAUUUGCGGCCGUCUGGAGUGGGCAGAGGAUAUCCUCAGACAUUUCAGCUACGGGCCUGCAUUCUUGGAUAUCAACAAGGAAUUGCUCGCGCGGUACGCUGCAUGCGCAACAGAAGAAGAAGUGAAGCAGGCGGAGACGGAUUGGCUCGCCAAGAUCGAACAAGAAUACGAAGAUAACCGCGCCGAGGGAGGAAACGAUAUCUGGACGACUGGAAAUACCAACCGAUUGCCCGCGCGUAAUUCAGAUGACGAAAGUGGAGACGAAGAGGAUAGCGAGGAAGAAGAGGAAGAAGAAGAAGACAAGGAUCCAUUUGCGAUUUCCGACGACUCAGAGGACGAAGCUCAAAUGGCCGAGAUCCGCGCUAAGAUUCUCAACUCAAAGUCCUUCCAAAAUCCAGAAGAAGACAAACCGCAGCCAGCGAAGAUCCCGAGACCGGAGCAGGUGUACGUCGACUCUGAUGCUGAGUCUGGCUCGGCAGGAAGCGAAGACGAAGCGUUUGACAAUAUCAUCAAUGCUACUACGGUCACUGACCGCACUGGUAUCAAGGCAAUUCAGCAGCGGAAAGCAAAGGAGACUGUUACUGGUUCUUUCUCUCGGGCUGAGAUUUCUGCUCCGAAAAAAUGGUGA